AUGAGUGAGGAAAUUGAAUCGCAUAUCCUAAGGAAGUACGAAAUCCUCCAAAAGCUCGGCAAAGGAGCUUACGGGAUAGUCUGGAAAGCAAUCGACAAGAAAACUCGUGAAGUGGUAGCCUUAAAAAAGGUAUUUGAUGCUUUUCAAAACGCAACAGAUGCACAAAGAACCUUCCGAGAAAUCAUGUUCCUGCAAGAGCUCAACGGACAUGAGAACAUUGUGAGGCUGCUCAAUGUGAUCCGAGCUGAAAACGACAGAGAUAUUUACUUGGUCUUUGAUUUCAUGGAAACAGAUUUACACGCGGUCAUUCGAGCAGGGAUUUUGGAAGACAUUCAUAAGCAGUACAUUUGCUAUCAGAUCUUGAAGGCGCUUAAAUAUAUGCACUCAGGCCAGCUCUUGCACCGUGAUCUUAAGCCUUCGAAUGUCCUCUUGAACUCAGAAUGCCUUGUCAAGGUUGCAGACUUCGGCCUUGCUCGUUCAGUGGCUGCACAAGAAGAAGGCUCGAACCCGGUACUGACUGAUUAUGUAGCGACCAGGUGGUAUAGAGCACCAGAAAUCCUGCUGGGGUCGACUAAGUACUCUAAAGCAGUUGAUAUGUGGAGCAUGGGCUGCAUAAUUGGUGAAAUGUUGGCUGGGAAGCCAAUUUUCCCAGGGACUUCAACUCUAAACCAGUUGGAUAGGAUCUUGGAGCUUACUGGCAGACCGACCCAAGAAGAUAUAGAGUCAAUUCAAAGCAAUUUGGCAGCCACCAUGCUUGAAAGUCUCCCUCCGACGAGAACAAGGAGCUUUCAUGACUUCUUCCCUUCGGCUUCUGAUGAUGCACUCGAUUUAAUAAGAAGAACUCUCCAGUUUAACCCACUGAAGAGAUUGACUGUUGAGCAAGCACUCAGACAUCCUUAUGUGGCGCAGUUUCAUAACUCCGAUGAUGAACCAGCUUGCCCGAAUACGAUUAGAAUUUCAAUUGAUGAUAACAGAAAAUUGACGAUAAGAGAAUACAGAGAUAGAAUAUAUGCGGAUAUUUCAAGGAAGAAAAAGGAAAUAAGAAGAAGGCAUUUGAUGGCGAGGGGAUACUAUAAGUAA